AAGCGGAAUAUCGCGACGCGGCCGCGGAUGUGAAUGGUCCUCAACGAUCGUGAACGAAGGAACCGCACGUCUUCGACCUAGGAUAAAAUCAGACUUUUGCAUUCGGUGGUUAACGAGUCUACGAGUGACUAUUGCAUCGGCUACGAUCCAGUGUCGUUUAUUGUAAACCUUCGAAAGAUCGUUUUACAGACGACUUUGCUUGCGAAACAGCCUACUAUACGUGUACCACGGUUUCGAUACCUACGUCUUGGCUUUAUAGUGUAAAUCAGACAAAGAGUUUCUGAAGAAAGGUGAGAAAAUUGAAAAUUGUUUUCUUCCGGAUGCUGGAAGCUUACAGAAAAUUCGAAGAAUAACAGCAAGAGAAGGCUAAUAUCAAAAUAUCAGAAAGAGGAUGAGUGAAAAUUUUCAGUAAAAAAUUUUCACUUCGAAUUUCCAAUUGAAAUGAAUUUAUGGGAGGCAGAGGAACGCGAGAACAAGGGCUUCUUUGAUUUGAGAAAGGUUAAUUGCUUGCUCCUGAAAAAGAUCUUAUUGGUUUUCUUUGGGGACGUUUGGCUGAUGAGCUUCUUUUUAGGUAUAUGGGAAAUUAUGGGAUCCUGGGAACUUGAAUAAAGGAAGAAACACCAGAGUGCUUUGUAAAUCGAUCGAAUUUCGGUGGAAAAUAAGAGACAAUAGACGAAUUGAUAUUGAAAUAUAAAAAAAGAAGAAAAUCAAAUCAACUUUAGAUGCGAGUGCAAAAAUAAGUAGAUCGAGUCGUGUAAUUAGAAAUUGUAAUUAGAAACAAUUAAAAUGAGUAUCGUGAAUGGAAUAAAUAAUUCGAACGGGCACGUGGAUUUGGAGGCCAAGAUGGAGCCGGAUAUCGAGGAAGAGAAAAGAAGGGAGAGAAAAGGAGUUGUGUACCAGAUAAUCAUGGCUUUGUGCGCGAAUUCCUCGGUCUUGGGUCCUUCGAUGGCAUUCGGUUACAGCGCGGUUGCACUGGGACCGUUGAUGUCCGAGACCAGCGACGUACAAAUUGAUAAAACCCAAGCGAAUUGGAUAGCUACCGCCACGGCGCUGGGUAUCCCCCUCGGUUGCAUCCUCUCCAGUUACACCAUGAGAUGCGGAAGAAAGGUGAGCCUGCUGAUAACAUCCGUCGUCUCCAUCCUCGGCUGGAUCGUCAUCUACAUGGCUGGAACGUACAAACAAAUCCUCGUUGGCAGAAUAAUUUCCGGAAUCGCGACCGGCUCGGCUUCGGUACCAGCCACAGUAUACAGCGCAGAAGUGGCCUCACCGAAGUGGCGUGCAACUAUGGUCACGUGGACCAGCGUAUCAAUAGCGAUCGGUGUUCUGAUCGUUUACAUUUUCGGUUACGUGUUCAAGGACGACUGGCGAAUGGUGGCUCUGAUGUGCGCCCUCUUCCCGCUUGUCUCGGCCACGUUAACCUUGGCCAUCGUCCCAGAAACCCCGAUCUGGUUGCGAGACAGAGGUCGUCUAGACGAGGCGUUACAGGUGUCGAAAAAGUUUCACGGCAUCCCAAAGGACGCGUCACCCCCGGCUCACGUGUACGAUCAGCUGACACAACGUCCGCAAAAGAAGAAACAGAAUCUCUUGAAGCAUCUGUUGAAAAGAAACGCCAUGCUUCCGUUCGCCAUCAUGCUUGCAUACUUCUUCUUCCAACAAUUCUCCGGCAUAUUCGUGGUGGUUUAUUACGCGGUUGACAUCAUAGAAAACGCUGGUAUCACCAUAGACCCGUAUCUAGGAGCAGUUUUGAUUGGUUUCACCAGGUUCGUUGGAAGUGUACUGGUUGCCUGCCUGUCGGGACGAUUCGGUAGAAGAAUCCCGUCGAUCGUUUCCGGUGCUGGAAUGACCAUCUUCAUGGGUGUGCUGUCCAUUUAUUUGCUGACCGAAGACAGAGGUUACACCAUGAGGGACGGUGGUUUCGUUCCUGUAAUAUGCGUGCUUAUGUACAUCUUCUCGAGCACCUUAGGAUUCCUGGUGAUACCGUUCGCCAUGGUGGGCGAAGUUUACCCUACCAAGGUGAAAGAAGUACUUACGGGACUCACCACUUGCAUUGCAUACAUCUUCAGCUCGAUCACAGUGAAGACUUACCCGGACAUGGAGGUCGCGUUGGGCAGAUACGGUGUGUUCAUGUUCUUCACGGUACUCUCGUUCUUUGGUACCCUGUUCGUAUUCUUCUUCUUACCCGAGACCAAGGGGAAAACGCUGACCGAGAUCGUGGAAAUGUUUUCAAAAAACGGCAAAGCCGCCGAUCGCCUGGAGAAAGAGAGAAUGAUGGACCUUAAAGACGUGUCGGCGGCUGCGUAACAGCGUUCUUGGUACCUUACUGAUAUUAACCCUUGAACAACGGAACCUGGGUCGAUGUGACCCAAAGUUAUAUAGAAGGAUAUCAACCUAAAGUUAAAUGUAUCAUUUUUAGAAGAAUGAAUUUAAUAUAUUGGAAGAAUAAUUGUGUAAAAUAAUAUGAAAUACGAAAUUGAAUUAAAAUUGUGGCUCUCUCCAUGGUCCGCCGUUUUGGGGCUCUCUCCGUAGUCCGCCGUCCGAGCGUUAACGAUGUUUUUAAACGAUGGACAGCUGGAAAUUUUGAUUAAUCCUCCGACACAGACUUUAGAAUACAGAAAAUGAAAAACUUUUCUCUUUUCAAUAAUUAAACUUACGCUUCUGAAGGUUUCAGUUGUUGUUCUGAAUCUUCCAAUUUGUAAUCCUCCGUUUGAAACUGUGUUAAAAGUAGUGGUAUGCAGAUUGGAGGAUAUGAAAAUUUACCAUUGAGACGUUGCUUGGAUUCCAGUGAAAAUGUGAAAAUACUCUUUUCUCCCAGUGAAUGUUGAGCGCACCUGAAAACAAAAGAAACUGAUGUUAGAAGUGGUACUAUUCAAUUUCGAACACGAGAUUCCGAAAAAGGAAACUUGAGUAUAAACUAGUCUAAAAUGAAUGAAAAAGUAAAGAUACCGAGUUGUGCAACAAAUACAUGCCGUUUGUGUUCAUUUACUUUUUGUAUAGUACAUUUUAAGAAUAAUCUACUAAUUUACGUUAAGAUAAGAACUGCAACUAUACCUGACAAUGUUAUUAACGAAUAUCGUAAUUGUUAAACACCAUUCUUUGUAGAUGUUAUUCCAAUUUAAGUGUAAUUAUUUAUAAAUAAAUGACUAACCACGAUUGAGGAAAA